AUGGCGGCGCCGGCGGCGGCGGCGGCGGCUCCGGGGGGCGGGGGCGGGGAGCCCCGGGGAGCUGCUGGGGUCGGCCAGGGGGUCCCGGGGGAGGUGGAGCUGGUGAAGGGGCAGCCGUUCGACGUGGGCCCGCGCUACACGCAGCUGCAGUACAUCGGCGAGGGGGCCUACGGCAUGGUCAGCUCAGCUUACGACCACGUGCGCAAGACUCGGGUGGCCAUCAAGAAAAUCAGCCCCUUCGAGCACCAGACCUACUGCCAGCGCACGCUGCGGGAGAUCCAGAUCUUGCUGCGUUUCCGCCACGAGAAUGUCAUCGGCAUUCGGGACAUCCUGCGGGCCCCCACCCUGGAGGCUAUGAGGGAUGUCUAUAUUGUUCAGGACCUGAUGGAGACAGACCUGUACAAGUUGCUCAAAAGCCAGCAGUUGAGCAACGACCAUGUCUGCUACUUCCUCUACCAGAUUCUUCGGGGCCUCAAGUACAUCCACUCAGCCAACGUGCUCCACCGGGAUUUAAAGCCUUCCAACCUGCUCAUCAAUACCACCUGCGACCUUAAGAUCUGCGAUUUUGGCCUGGCCAGGAUUGCCGAUCCUGAGCACGACCACACAGGCUUCCUAACAGAAUAUGUGGCAACACGCUGGUACCGGGCCCCAGAGAUUAUGCUGAAUUCCAAGGGCUAUACCAAGUCCAUUGACAUCUGGUCUGUGGGCUGCAUUCUGGCUGAGAUGCUCUCCAACCGGCCCAUCUUUCCUGGCAAGCACUACCUAGACCAGCUCAACCACAUUCUGGGUAUCCUGGGCUCCCCAUCCCAGGAGGACCUGAACUGUAUCAUCAACAUGAAGGCCCGAAACUACUUACAGUCUUUACCCCCCAAGACCAAGGUGGCCUGGCCCAAGCUUUUUCCCAAGUCAGAUUCCAAAGCCCUGGACCUGCUGGACCGGAUGUUGACCUUUAACCCCAACAAACGGAUCACAGUAGAAGAAGCAUUGGCUCACCCCUAUGUGGACCAGUACUAUGACCCAACGGAUGAGCCGGUGGCCGAGGAACCUUUCACUUUCGACAUGGAGCUGGAUGACCUACCGAAGGAGCGACUGAAGGAGCUCAUCUUCCAAGAAACGGCCCCCUUUCAGCCGGGGGCACUUAAGGCCCCCUAAGCUCUGCUCCUGGGGCCUGGUGAGUGCUCCCACCUACCCAGGCAAAUGCCUUCCU